UCAUCAACAAGAUGUUAGACUGUGGAGCACAUGCACUGAGCCAAAACCAAGACAAACAAACAGCUUUACAUGUUGCCUUCGCCCAUAUUAAGGAGGAGGAUAAGAUAGAGAAAGUGCUAAAAAUUCUGCUGGACAGGUGUGAUGCAAAAGAACAGUUAGUCAAUGCAGAGGAUGGAGGAGGGAAAACCGUUCUUCACCUCGCAUCUUCUAGAGGGAAAGGGAAAAUGUGCAGAUUACUUCUUGAGAACGGGGCAAAACCAGAUGCCAAAGAUAACUGUGAUCGACUGCCACUGCACUAUGCAGUCGAGGAAAACAAGGGUGAAGUUAUAGAUUUGCUCAUUGGGAGGAAUGAAUCUGAUCAAGAGACAAUUCAUACGGUUCAAAGUUGCAAAGACAAGGAUGGGAAAACCCCAUUGGAUAUAGGGGCUGGCCAAAAGAACAUCAAACUACUGACAAAGAUUCUGCCAAUUUUAGAUCAACCUCCUGAAGUGUAUUUUGAUAGCGUGGACCAUGGCAAGCUUUUGCGUCAUUUUGCACUGGAAGGCAAGACAGAUCUUGUGAGUAAGCUGUUGGAGAGGGGAGUAAGUCUACUAGACGUGGAUGAGGAGGGGAAAAUAGCUUUGCAUUAUGCUGCUAUGUGUGAAGAUGAUUUUGGGACGACAGAUACAGUUGAUCUACUACUGAAAUGCAAAGAUAGAAAGAAGCUUAUAUCCAUAUGUGAUAACAAGGGAAAAACAGCUCUUCAUGUAAUAGCGUACAAGGGAUAUUCAUCUCUCGAGGAUAAGGUAUUUGCAGAUCUUCAAAAUUUAGUAGAUAUAAAAGAUAGAGAAGGUCGAAACUCUCUUUACGAUGCAACUGAAGGAAAAUCCGAUGUAUCAGAUACAAUUCAUGUCAUUGUCAGUAUGAUGGAAAAAAAAGGCAUCACCCUUGAUGAUAUGAUAGAUCACAAAGGGUUAACCCCAUUACACGUGGCUGCUUCACAAGGCAAGGUGUUUCAAUCGGACGUCCUGCUCCGCCGAUCAAAGCAUCCAAAAAUAUAUGUGAAGGUGAAAGAUUACAAGGGACAAACGGCCCUCCAUAAAGCUGCAGAAGGGGGACACGUGGAUACCAUUAAAGUUCUCUUUCACUGGGGAGCGCAGCCGCUUCUUGAACGUGACUGGCAAGGUAAAACGGCUCUGCACUACGCCGUCCAAUCCAAAAGUGGAGAAGAUAGAAAAUACUUGGUUGAAUUACUUCUAAAGAAAUGUGGAUCCGAGGAAAGACAGUUGCUUUUCUUGCGGAUGUCAGCUGAAAGCUUAGGUACUGCUGAGAAAAAUCUAAGCGAUUGUCCGCUUCUUAGACACAAAAUGGAAGAAUUGACCAAGAAAGACGUCAAUUUGUUGCGAACGGCUGCUCGUUUGGGACUUACUGAAAUGUCAAAACAAUUGCUUAUAGAAGGUGCUAAGAUUGAAGACCUUGACUAUGGAGACUGGUACAGGUCAAUAUCAGACGAAGAGAGAGUCAAUGCACGCAAAGUUCGGCGAAAGAUUGUUAGGAGCCCAGUGCAGGCAAACGACCAACCAUCUGUAGAAGACUAUCUCGGAAGAGCUGAUUUUGCUUAUGGUAUUGCCGCAUUACUGUUGAAUCCUUAUGUAGAACCCCCCAUUGCUAUUGGUAUAUGUGGUAGCUGGGGAAUGGGAAAGUCCAGCCUAAUGGGACAGACCGAGAUCAUUUUACUGAAGACAGCAGCUCAAUCUGCACUAUUGCCGACUUUUAAAAGUUCGGAAAUUGAGGGAGUUGAAGAUUUGAUGUUAUCAGAGAAGGGCCAAAAAAUAUACGAAGAAAUUCAGAGAUGGGUGACAUCCUUGUGGCUUGACUCAAAUGUAUUUGAAUACUUCCUAGAGUGGAUGAAGACUAUCCCUUUAAGAUUCAAAAAUAGGAUAUUGUGCAGAAAGAGAAAAGAUCCACGUUUAGGAAAGCGUCGGGACGAUGUUGUCGAGUUUCUGGAUAUGGAUGGAUCUCCACUUGGCUCCAUUUUUAAAUCACUAGCUGCCAUGGACCGUAGUUGCAUGUUCACUAGAAAAGGUCAACGAUAUCAUUCAACAAUUAUAACCGUGCACGCCAUCAUAACUGUCCAGUAUAAUGCAUGGAAGUAUCGGAACGAGUCAGAAGCAUUGGCUGGUUUGGCAGUCGAAAUCACUAAGGAAAUGGAAGGAUUGAUGACAGAAGCUCAGUGGCUGAGCACGUGUUGGAGAAGUCAGAAACAAACUAUAUUGAUUAAUGUUAUCUUUCCAUGCCUCCUUGCAAUCUUCUUGGCUGGAACAAUUGCUUGGAUUUUAUGGGUGGUACUGGAUAUAUUCAAUUUCAAGGAUGUUGUAGAGCUAAAAUAUGCAUCUUUACCGGCCACAAUAGUCAUCAUGGCCUGGUCGGUGGGGAAAUCAGUGAUGAGCACUCUAAAUCCUGUGAGUACUCAAUUGUUGAAUUACAUGAAAUUACCUGAUCAUACGGACAAGUUGGGUUAUCAGGAAAGAGUAAUCUCUGACAUUACUUUUCUCAAAGGAGAGAUUCGUAGAAAGCCAUUUAUUCUAUGCGCCGCUGCGAGCUGCAUCUGGCACUUCAUUACUAGCUGCUGCUUUAUUUUAUACUUGUGGCCUAAAUUCUUUCAACAGAUCAUGUCAAAUCGGAAAGCUACUUCUACAUAUACAUCUGAUGGAAACGAUGAUCCCAGAAUUAUCGUGUUUGUAGAUGAUCUUGACCGAUGUCAAGAAUCUGUUAUUUUGCAGGUGACCAAGGUUCUAGUGAGCUAAUUCCAAUAACGGAGAUGCUGUUCGUGAGGUAUAUCUUACGAGAACAAGAGGCAUUUUGUUAUUUUCAAACAAUGGUUACAGGUCUUCGGAAACUGCCUCAGCAGUGGAAAUGUCUGCUUUACUACCAUAGAUGGGUGUGGUAUAUCUGCUUCAUGAGGAGUGAAGCCCGAUCUUUGGCUGGAUGGGAUGUUGAGUUGAUCACUUGGAUUUUUAUUUGUUGGGAAUGGCAAGACUAUAUGAACAUUCUCAUACAGGAAUGGAAUAGAAUUGGCAUUCUGAAGACCUCCAAAUCUGAAUCUGGAUUUAGUGGACCUACAUUAGGAGACAUAGUAGACUAUUAUAUAGAAAAUAAUUUUAAGGUUAAAACCAUGGUAGGCUCUCAUAUAGAAAAUGAUGAAAACAUGGUACAGGAUUCUGAAAGCAAAGAGUUCAAGCCACAAAAUCCAUAUUCAGAUUCUGGAAGCAAAGGGGCUUACAAGAAUACAGAGGAUCCUGGAAGCAGCAAGAGGGAACAAUCAUUAAAGGAAACGAAACAGAAGAGUGAUAAGUAUUUAGAGCCAGAGGAAAAGGAGCUAAAGAAUUGGCGGAGAAUGAAAGCAGCAUUGAACAAUUAUGAUGUCUCAAUGAAGGGCAUACAAGCUUUUCAGAGGUUUAGAUUUUUUUGCGAAGCUGGCUAUCUCCAAUGGCCAUUGCCUAAGCAAGAAACUUAAAGACUCCUAAAAAUUCUGGACACUGUCAUAAAGAUGCUCUGAGCCACUAAGGCUGGGGUUCCAUGGAGGGGGCUUCCUAAAAAAUAGAGCAGGUGUUGCAGAGAUUUUUUAGGAAUUUUUUUAAGCGGGUGGUCCCAUGAAAUUUGUAGUGCACUUCUGCUUAAAAAUUUAAGCUCCUAAAUUGAAGGAAGCUGGUGGUCUCGUGAGUAAUUCAGCUUAAAAUUUUAAACAUAAAUUCUGAUUUCCUUCUUAAUUUUUUGCAAAUUAUAAUUGACAAGUGGCAUAAAUUUAUCCCUAAGCUGUAGGGGCUAAUUCUAGCCCCACCCCAUUUUUACCCACUCAAAAAUGAAAAUCUAAAAAGUAGGAGCUUCUAUUUUUUAGGGGAAGAUUCCAAAUGAUCCUGUAGCCCAAUUUUUUUUUUCCAUGAGACCGCUUUUUCUAUAAAAAUAGAGCCCAAGCCCCUCCCA